UUACGAACGAUUCAAUAUAGUCGGAACGCAACUUAUAAACAGGAAGUGGAGAAAAAGGAGAAAAUGGCACACAACUACCGGGAAUACGACCCACUAGAUGAUUACGCCAGUAGGACAAAUUCAUUUCAAUCUACCUCUGUGAAUUAUGGAGAAAACCAUCCUAUCUCAUCACCACCCAACUCAGCAAAAGAAGAACAAGCCUCUUCCUGCACAUCAUCACCAGUUAGAAAUGAAAACAGGAGUAACCCAAUGAUGAACAACAGUAUAGUACUACAAGAAGGUAAACUUGUCACCCACCAGAUGUCCUACAAUGACACAGGACAGAGAAUGUCAGCAUACAAUGACACAGGACAGAGAAUGUCAGCGUACGGAGAACCCAGUCCAAGACUUCCCGACUCUGCUUCUCUCCCCUUGUCACCUACUCACCGAAAAUCAUCACCGCAUCAUUCUGAAACAGAGGAUAUUUUGGUUUUUGUUGAGCCCCCCAGUAAAAGUCUCUUCUGUAAAAUGUGUAACAGUGUUUACAAAGACCCUGUGAUGGUGACUUGUGGGCACUCCUAUUGCAGAAGAUGUGUCACACAACAGAAUGAAGGAGUUUGUCCAAUAGACAAUCAGACAAUAGCAGUGGUGGUGGCUAACAUUGCGGUGUCAGAACAGAUCGGAGAGAUGUACGUCUACUGUCGCCACGGCUGCCGGCUGUCAGAGGAUGGUCAGUCGUACGAGGUGGAUCCCACGAGAUGUCAGGCCACCGUCAAAGUCUCCUGUAGAUUAGAGCAUGAAGAUACCUGUGAUUAUAUGAUGGUGGAUUGUCCAAACCACACGGGCUGUCCUCAGUUGUUAAGGAAGGAUCUGGAGGACCAUAUCAAAUUCUGUAGUAAUGUCCGAUGUCCUCAUUUCAAACACAGUUGUGAAUUUACUGGAACGCAAGAAGAACUUCAGGAUCACCUGAAGAUUUGUAAGUACGAGGGGGUGAAGGACUUUCUUGGUCACAUAGAGGAGAAGAUCGGGGAACUCCAGGAAUCCCUAGAGGAGAAGGACCAAGAAAUCAACUUCCUCCGCUCCAUGUUAGGGAAGCUGUCAGAGAGGCUGGAGAACCUGGAGAAAAGUGCUGAGAUGAAACUAGAACUUAUUGAACGCACUCAGAAUAAUUUACUUAGUGAAGUUGUGGAGAAUCGCAAGGAGCGGGCCCUUCUCAUGGAUGAACUAGCCAACAUACAAAAUCAGUUGAAUGGACGCAAUGGAGUCUAUGAUCCUCAGCAAAUGUUCAAAUGUCGUGGGACUUUUGUUGGACAUCAGGGACCGGUUUGGUGCUUAACAGAAUAUGGAGACUUCCUGUUCAGUGGUUCCUCUGAUAAAACUAUAAAGGUGUGGGAUACAGGUAACAAUUACAGGUGUAUAAAGACGAUGGAGGGACACACUGGCAUUGUUCUGGCCCUCUGUACCUGGGGUAACAAACUCUACAGUGGGUCACAGGACUGUAGGAUCAGGGUAUGGAAUAUUGAGAACUUUGAGAAAGAGAAUUCCGUAGAAGCUCAUGAAAAUCCUGUGUGCACUUUGACCUCAGCCAAAAACAUGCUGUUCAGUGGGUCUUUAAAAGUGAUCAAGGUUUGGGAUGCCCACACAAUGGAACUUAAAAAGGAACUGACAGGAAUGAACCACUGGGUCAGGGCUCUGGUAGCCACCCAAAACUACUUAUACAGUGGUUCCUACCAGACAAUAAAGAUCUGGGAUUUAGACACUCUGGAGGUUAUACACAAUCUUGAGACGUCGGAGGGCAGUGUUUACAGUUUAGCCGUCACUAACCACCACAUCCUCUGUGGCACUUAUGAAAAUGUCAUCCACGUAUGGGAGCUGGUCUCCAAGGAGUUAGUGGUGACCCUGAAAGGUCACACAGGCACGGUGUAUAGCAUGGCUGUUCUUCACACGACCUCGGGGACCAAAGUGUUCAGUGCUUCUUAUGACCGGUCUCUCAGAGUUUGGAGCAUGGACAAUAUGAUCUGCACUCAGACAUUGCUCAGACACCAGGGCAGUGUAGCUUGCCUGGCUGUUUCUAGAGGAAGGAUUUUCUCUGGUUCUGUUGACAGCACAGUGAAGCUUAGUCAGCAGCCUCGGUCUGAUGUACACGUCGUGGACCUCCGGAGUGACACCGUCACCAAGCCUUCCCCGGGAAUGAGGAAUGCCAUGGCAACUGCUGAAGUCGGGGAUGAUGUCAUGGGGGAGGAUCCAACAGUUAAUGCUCUACAGGACAGAGUUGCCAGACUGUUUGACAAGGAGGCAGCAUUGUUUGUUCCUACUGGAACAAUGGGUAAUCUAGUUUCAGUUCUGACCCACUGUCCAGAGAGAGGCUUGGAAAUUAUCCUGGGUCAUAAAAGUCACAUUUUUGUUCACGAACAAGGAAAUGUAGCACAGUUUGGUGGGUUGCUGACCUCUGUGGUAGAGAACAAUGAGGAUGGGACGAUGGACCUGGACAAGAUCAGGGAGAGGAUCAGAGUUAGUGACGACCCCCACUUCCCCUACACCCGGCUCAUCUGUGUAGAAAACACGCAUAAUUACUGUGGAGGGAAAGUCAUACCGGUGUCUUACAUGAAAAAGGUGUAUGAACUAGCUCAGGAAUAUGGGAUGAAGGUUCACCUUGAUGGAGCGAGGUUGAUGCAUGCUGCCACUGCCCUGGGGGUCAAUCCAGCGGAGAUAACAAGAUGUGUAGACUCUGUUAACAUGUGCUUCUCCAAGGGACUUGGUUGUCCAGUAGGAUCAAUUAUAGCUGGAACAAGUGAUUUUAUCAAGAUAGCCAAGAGGAGAAGGAAGGCCCUGGGAGGGGGGAUGCGUCAGGCAGGGGUUCUAGCAGCAGCUGCCAUGUACUCACUGGACCAUGUCCUCCCCAAACUCUCAGAGGACCACAGCAAGACUCAACAGAUUACAAAUGCCAUCAUGUCAGCACCACAGACCGUUGUUCAUGUAAAUCAUGAGACAGUCAAAACCAACAUCGUCUUUCUGACAGUGACAAAACCUGGUGUUACGGCAACACAGUUGUAUGACAGGUUGCUUCAGGUGACAGAUGAAGAGAGGAGACAGCUUGGUGAAGGCAUCGUUGUAAAGACAGUUCCAUACUCAGACACACUACUGAGGUUUGUCCUCCAUUGUGAUAUUUCCCCAGAGGAAGUCAACAAAGCCAUCAGUAAAUUCUCCUAUGUUCUACAAGAGCUAUCCUAAUUCAGGAUUACUUCAAGUCAUUCACAAAAUCUGGUGAAUUUGCAAGGAUUAUUGACUUGCUAAGUCUCAGGAAAAAUAAUCAGUAUUUGUCUAGUCUGCAGUUUUAGUAAGUAACUGAAAAGAAAAAAAUUAGAACUCUGUGAUACAUUGCAGUGUUAAAAAUAGGGAUU